AUGCCUUCCAAGACUCUUGCUCAUGCCUAUAAUGGUACGACGACUUCAUUGAAUACUGGUCUUCCUCGCAACAAAAUAAACGAGUAUACCAAUGUCCAGUUCCACGAUUCGAAGGGGGCAGCUUUGAUGCCUGCACAACAAGCAUUAUUUGGUCGAGCGCGCAAAGCGAAAGAUCGAAUCCAUUGGAUGUUUCCCCCAAACAAGGACGAACGCGUGGAGUCGUUAUUAACAUGGAUUGAGACUGUGUCUCGCGAUUUAGGUACCUAUGGGCUUCAUAGGUUUUUACAAAGUCGGGAACGUGGAGCUUUGAUCGCAAACGCCGACUAUCGAAUACCCGGUGGCAAGAAUGAGCCUGCAUUUGACUGGCUUACAUUCGAUCAUCUCCAGGAAACCAGAGACAAGAUCAUACAGGAAUCUGCUGCAUUUUACGAUCCCACAGCCCAAGCUAUCGUCUUUGUAUUCUUGCCAUCGCAAAGUGGCAACAGCGUCGCUAUGUGGAGACGAAAGAUCAACGUUCCUAACAACAUGCGUUUAAUGCUACAAGCCGAGGUAUCACUCGCCUUGGCAGCACUGAGAAGGGAGGAAGAUUAUGUUGUACAUGUAGAUGAGUAUGUUGCUACUUCUGGUGCUUUGUUUCCCGAGUCUUGUAACUAA